AUGGAUGUGAGAAUCCCAUGGUGGUUAUAUAAGCUGCAAAUAUUUUCGGGCCAUAGACCGCCGCGCAAUUGGUUACUUCUAUGUGUUGUUAGUGUUUUUGUGCUUGUCGCGUUGUUAAGUUCGUCUUCUUCUGGUCCGUUCAACACGCGUACCACUAGUGUAGCACCUGAAGUGUAUACAAACAAUAGAAGAUUAAAGGAGCAUACGGCAAGUGAUUAUAUCGAGCUAAAAAGUUUUUCGCCUGGAAAUAAUGAUAUGAAGGGAUUUAGGUUUUGUGGAAAGGAAAGGGAGGACUACGUUCCUUGCUAUAAUGUGUCUGCAAAUCUGUUAGCUGGGUAUAAAGACGGUGAGGAGUUUGACCGGCAUUGUGAAGUGUCACAAGACCAACCACACUGUUUGGUUCGUCCGCCAAGGGAUUAUAAAACGCCCUUGAGUUGGCCGGUUGGGAGAGAUGUGAUAUGGAAUGCAAAUGUGAAGAUAUCUAAAGAUCCGUUUCUUUCUUCUGGAAGCAUGACAAAAAGGUUAAUGCUGCUGGAAGAGAACCAAAUUUCUUUCCACUCGGAUGACGAGUUGAUCUUUGAUGGUGUCAAAGAUCAUUCGCGCCAAGUUAAGAUCAAUAGUCAUACCGUAGAACCAAAUCUUGCAUAA